AUGUCGUCAGUAUUUCCAAAUAACUUUAAUAACAAUGCUACAAAUAAUCAACUAGUCAAUGUAUCAAUGCUUGUUGAAAAACCAUGUCCAUCAGUAGCGCCUUAUGUAGUAUCAUAUUUUUAUGGUUCACCUAUUGGAUGGAAUGCAGUGCUCGUCGGAUUAUUAUCAUCAAUUCUUGCAAUUAUUUUUCUUUUAACAUGUCUUUAUUAUUUGAUUGGUCGUCGUCGAUAUUUCAAUGAAUCCGAUAGUCCAACACCGGUUGCUCUUGUAGAAAAAAACGGAGUAUCAGGAAUACCGGUUACAACUUCAUCACAAACAGCAACUACAACUUUUAUGAAUGAACCAGGCAAAGAAACAAAAAUUAGUACAUAUACAGAACAAGGUUUAACUUCAAAUGGUAAUGGAGAUUUUAUGCUUGGAAUGCCAACAAUGGGUAAUGGACAUACAGGUUCAUCAAGUACAAAUGGACUUUUGGCAAAUGGUAGUGCUGAUCCAAGUGAACUUCGUUUACUUCAACAUGAACAUCAUUAA